CGAGCAGAUCAGACACAAUCAGCUUCACAGGUUUCGUCACCUCCUGGUUCUGAUCCCAACGUUUUCUCCAAACUUGUGAAAUAAUAAAAACUGAGAACAGACCUCACCUGGAUCCAACGAGAAGAUCUGAAGAUGAGACGUGUCCUCGUUUUACUGGCUGUGUUGUGGGUGUGUGAAGGUGUUAAGUUCGGUCAGAUCUGUGAAGGAAACCCGAGAAACACCAGGAGGACGUCGGACAGCUACGGAAAUGGAAACUAUGGAGCCAGACGGCAAGGAGGUAGAACACAUGAUGGUGUGGACAUCGUCUGCAGGGACGGAUCAGUCGUCUAUGCUCCGUUUGACGGGACCAUCCGUCGAAAACUCAUUGUCUACGGAGUCCCCGCCAAGGCCGCCAUCGACCAGGGCCUAGAAAUGGAAGGAGGGGGUUUGCGUUUCAAGAUGUUCUACGUGAGGCCAGACAAAUCAUCUGGAGCGGUGAGGAAGGGCCAGAGGAUCGGUGUCAUGCUGCCCAUGCAGAGAGUUUACCCUGGAAUCACUUCACACGUCCACGUGGAACUGACCAACAAGAGAGACCCCACACCAUACUUCUGAUCCAUCCUCUGAGGAAGCCGAUCCAUCCUCUUAAGACCUCAUUUACCCACAACUUCUACAAAGGUGUUCGACACUUUUCCAGUUGACCUACCCAGUGUUGAAUUAUAAUAACCUGGCAUGUUUAAAAUGAUUGUAUCAACUAAAAGAAAGUUAAAAAAACAAAAACAAAACCUCUCUUAAUGAUGUUUAUGUCUUAUUUAGUCUUAGUUUAGUCUUAGUCUUAGUUUAACCUGCUGAGGCCUGGACUUUUGUUUGUAAUGCAUUGUUUUAUUUCUCCAUUUCACUUUAUUUGGAAUAAUUAGGACGUAAGAACUGUAAAAACUAAGCAUUGUCUUUGAAGUAGUAUGAUAUAGUUUUUGGAAAACAAAUUAAGGUGUGGAAAGUGUGGACACAGGGAUUAUUUCACUCAAUAAAGUUAUAAAGUCAUUAAUAUGUCACAAAAUAUAAAACUGUUAAUUCUCAUGUCUGAUCAUUGUGCAAAGACAGAAUUACAAAUAAUGAAGUCCCCACAUCUUCAACUGAGUACUUUCUAAUUAUAGCUUCUUACUAUUGAUAGAAUUUGUUAAGUUUGUGUAUCAUAUUAAACUAGAAAAGUUAAUAAUCAUAAAUAAACAAGUUAAAACUGUAA